AUGUUGUGCUGGGGAAAUGCAUCUUUUGGACAGCUAGGGUUAGGUGGAAUUGAUGAAGAAAUUGUACUAGAGCCCAGAAAAAGUGACUUUUUUAUAAAUAAAAAGGUCCGAGAUGUGGGAUGUGGACUCAGACAUACUGUAUUUGUUCUGGAUGAUGGAACAGUGUACACGUGUGGAUGUAAUGAUCUAGGACAGCUAGGUCAUGAAAAAUCCAGAAAGAAACCAGAGCAGGUUGUUGCCCUGGAUGCCCAAAAUAUCGUAGCUGUUUCAUGUGGAGAAGCUCAUACAUUAGCACUAAAUGACAAAGGCCAGGUGUAUGCUUGGGGUCUCGAUUCUGAUGGACAGCUUGGCCUGCUAGGAUCAGAGGAAUGUAUCAGAGUACCCAGAAAUAUUAAAAGUUUGUCAGAUAUCCAGAUAGUACAGGUUGCUUGUGGUUACUAUCAUUCACUUGCACUUUCUAAAGCAAGUGAAGUCUUCUGUUGGGGACAAAAUAAAUAUGGCCAAUUGGGUUUAGGCAUUGACUGUAAAAAGCAAGCCUCACCACAGCUGAUCAAGUCUUUGCUUGGAAUCCCUUUCAUGCAAGUUGCAGCGGGAGGAGCCCAUAGUUUUGUACUCACCCUUUCUGGGGCUAUUUUUGGAUGGGGACGCAACAAAUUUGGUCAACUAGGUCUUAAUGAUGAAAAUGAUAGGUAUGUUCCUACUUUACUAAAGUCACUAAGAACUCAGAAAAUAGUUUAUAUUUGUUGUGGAGAAGAUCAUACUGCUGCACUAACCAAGGAAGGUGGAGUGUUUACUUUUGGAGCUGGAGGGUAUGGUCAGUUGGGUCAUAACUCUACCAGUCAUGAAAUAAAUCCAAGGAAAGUUUUUGAACUUAUGGGAAGCAUUGUCACUCAGAUUGCUUGUGGAAGGCAGCACACUUCUGCUUUUGUUCCUUCAUCAGGACGAAUCUAUUCUUUUGGACUUGGUGGUAACGGGCAGCUGGGAACUGGUUCAACAAGCAACAGGAAAAGUCCUUUCACUGUGAAAGGAAAUUGGUUCCCUUAUAAUGGGCAGUGUCCACCAGAUAUUGAUUCUGAAGAAUAUUUCUGUGUGAAAAGAAUUUUCUCAGGUGGAGAUCAAAGCUUUUCACAUUACUCUAAUCCUCAGAACUGUGGGCCACCAGAUGACUUUAGAUGUCCGGAUCCUUCAAAGCAGAUCUGGACUGUGAACGAAGCUCUAAUUCAAAAAUGGCUGAGCUACCCCUCCGGAAGAUUUCCUGUGGAGAUAGCCAACGAAAUAGAUGGAACAUUUUCUUCCUCUGGUUGUUUAAAUGGAAGUUUUCUGGCUGUUAGCAAUGAUGAUCACUAUAGAACAGGCACCAAAUUUUCAGGAGUUGAUAUGAAUGCUGCUAGGCUUUUAUUCCACAAACUUAUACAACCUGAUCAUCCUCAAAUAUCUCAGCAGGUGGCAGCUAGUUUGGAAAAGAAUCUUAUCCCUAAGCUGACUAGCUCCUUACCUGAUGUUGAAGCAUUGAGGUUUUAUCUUACUCUACCAGAAUGCCCCCUGAUGAGUGAUUCCAACAAUUUCACAACAAUAGCAAUUCCCUUUGGUACAGCUCUUGUGAACCUAGAAAAGGCACCACUGAAAGUACUUGAAAACUGGUGGUCAGUACUUGAGCCUCCACUGUUCCUCAAGAUUGUAGAACUUUUUAAGGAAGUUGUGGUACAUCUUUUGAAACUCUACAAGAUCGGCAUUCCCCCUUCUGAAAGAAGAAUUUUCAACAGUUUUCUUCAUACUGCAUUAAAGGUUUUAGAAAUAUUGCAUAGGGUAAAUGAGAAAACAGGACAGAUUAUACAAUAUGAUAAAUUUUAUAUACAUGAAGUACAAGAAUUGAUAGACAUAAGGAAUGAUUAUAUCAACUGGGUCCAACAACAGGCCUAUGGAAUGGAUGUCAACCAUGGAUUAACUGAGUUGGCAGAUAUUCCUGUUACAAUCUGCACAUAUCCAUUUGUAUUUGAUGCCCAAGCAAAAACUACUCUGUUACAAACAGAUGCAGUCUUACAGAUGCAGAUGGCUAUUGACCAGGCCCAUAGACAGAAUGUCUCCUCUCUUUUUCUCCCGGUGAUUGAAUCUGUGAAUCCCUGCUUAAUUCUAGUUGUGCGCAGAGAAAAUAUUGUAGGAGAUGCAAUGGAAGUCCUUAGGAAAACAAAGAAUAUAGACUACAAAAAGCCACUCAAGGUUAUAUUUGUUGGAGAAGAUGCUGUUGAUGCAGGAGGAGUACGCAAAGAAUUUUUCUUGCUCAUCAUGAGGGAAUUAUUGGAUCCUAAAUAUGGCAUGUUUAGGUAUUAUGAAGAUUCCAGGCUCAUUUGGUUUUCUGAUAAGACAUUUGAAGAUAGUGAUUUGUUCCAUUUGAUUGGUGUUAUCUGUGGAUUAGCAAUUUAUAAUUUUACUAUUGUGGACCUCCAUUUUCCUUUGGCUUUGUAUAAGAAACUGCUGAAAAAGAAGCCAUCCUUGGAUGAUUUGAAGGAACUAGUGCCUGAUGUUGGGAGAAGCAUGCAACAAUUACUGGAUUAUCCAGAAGAUGAUGUCGAGGAAACAUUUUGUCUUAAUUUUACGAUCACAGUUGAAAACUUUGGUGCAACAGAAGUGAAAGAGCUGGUUCUAAAUGGUGCAGACACAGCUGUUAACAAACAAAAUCGGCAAGAGUUUGUUGAUGCUUAUGUGGAUUACAUAUUCAAUAAAUCAGUGGCUUCCUUGUUUGAUGCUUUUCACGCGGGCUUUCACAAGGUCUGUGGAGGAAAGGUCCUUCAGCUCUUCCAGCCAAAUGAACUACAAGCAAUGGUUAUUGGAAAUACAAAUUAUGAUUGGAAGGAACUGGAAAAGAAUACAGAAUACAAAGGGGAGUAUUGGGCAGAACAUCCAACGAUAAAAAUAUUUUGGGAAGUAUUUCAUGAAUUGCCGUUGGAAAAGAAAAAACAAUUUCUGUUAUUUUUGACAGGUAGUGAUCGCAUUCCUAUUCUUGGUAUGAAGAGUCUAAAACUAGUCAUCCAGUCAACCGGAGGUGGUGAGGAAUAUCUCCCAGUUUCCCAUACCUGUUUUAAUCUUCUGGAUCUUCCAAAAUACACAGAAAAGGAAACUCUACGCUCUAAACUGAUUCAAGCAAUUGAUCAUAAUGAAGGUUUCAGUUUAAUAUAA